GCCUCAUCUUUACACAAAUGCUAAGGAAGACUUCUCUCCAACCAUCGCAACCAUGGUCCAUCUCCCACUCAUCAUCACCGUUCUAAUCGCCACAGCCUCUGUCGCCACAUCAUCCGACGCUCCUCCUUACACCAACCACACCGUAGGCGGACAGUCGGGAUGGUUCUUCAAUCUCACCACCAGCACUCCCUCAGCAAACUACUCGUCCUGGGCCGCGAACCAGACCUUCAACCUCGGCGACUAUCUCAUUUUCAACACGAACACGAACCAGACCGUGAUCCAGACGUACAACGAGACCACCUACAAAAGCUGCACCACCGACGAAGAUUCCGGCGACGAGACGUUCGUGUUCUUCGGCAGCCAGGAGAUCGGAAAACCUGCCAUGGUGGCGGUGCCGCUGACGAUCGAGGGCGUUAAUUACUACUUCUCUGAUGCGGAUGAUGGGACCCAGUGCGAUAAAGGGAUGGGAUUUGAGAUCAUGGUGGGCCAUGGCCGAGGGCUGCCUCCCAGCCUCAACCAGCCGCCGCCUCCGCCGUACGUGGCGCCUCCUAUGGAUUCGCCACCGUCGGAUACUGUUACGACGAACCAGGGUCAGACCUUCUACAAUGGAGGUUCGGGGAUUAGGGUUAGGUUUGGAAUGGCUGUUUUGCUGCUGCUUUUCUCUUCCGGUUUUCUUCUGCAGUGAAGAAAUGGUGGUUUUCAGUUGCUGCGGACUACUGUUUCGAAUAGUUCGCGGGCUACGGAUUAGGCUUUUGUGUGUUUGGUGGUCACUCACCGCAUUACAUAUGUUGUAUGGCAAUCCAGACCGUUCAAAUCGCAUACUACAAUGUGGAUGAACCCUAACCCCAAAAUCGAUAGUAACCAUCUGAUUUUUUAACUUUGAAUUACUUUCAACCAUCCAUUUGAUAGCCAGUAAUUGGAUGGUUAGGGUUGCUCGAUCGGUUUGGUUUUAUAGGUGUGGUCCAUUCACUACGUGCCCCACGAUGUGGAUGGUGUGGAUAGCUGUAUCUUCGUGUGGCAUCUGAGGAUGAUGAGUGGCUGUCAUUUUUUAAAUGGUGGUGAACUAUCACAAGAUUCUCGCGCUUGUUUUUAUAUUCUUUUCUACGUUGAUUAUCAGCUGCUUUUAUUUGUUAAAAACAGAGAUUUCGCUUUUACUUUUGAUGAUUACAGCUGUCUACCCAUUUUUCUUUUCUUUUCUUUUCCGUUA